CUCUCUUUUUCACUCACUCGCUCCACUCUUUCUCUACCAUAUUACCAUCUUUUGGUUUAUUUUCGCGGAGUUCACUCAAGCAGUCAAAUUUGUUCAUCGAAUGGUUGGCGCUUUAGCAAUACGUGUCGUAAGAUUGUGGAAUGAUGAUCCAACAACGAUAGUUGUGUAGAACACCACAGUCCAACUUAUUCGAGUAAAUUGCGAAGACAGCAUUCACUGGCCUGUUUCAUUUUGCCAGUCGCAUUAUCAUCGUAUUGAUUAAACACCAUCGAAGCAUAUCGAGUUUCAUAUACAUGACAUCCAAAAUGAUUGAUUUAACCAUUAAGACAUUGGAUUCUCAGAAUCAUAAAUUCCGGGUUCCAGAUACUUUUACUAUAUUGGAACUUAAAGAAUAUAUUGCAGAACAAGUGAAUGUUGCAGUUAUCCAACAGCGAUUAAUUUUUUGUGGUCGUGUUUUGAGCAAUGAAACCAAACUUGCUGAAAUUGGUAUUGAUGGAAAAGUUAUGCAUCUUGUUCAAAAAGUUCCACGCUUGUCUACUACUACAUCUGGACCAUCACCAUCUACAACAACAAAUACUAAUAGUCGCUCACAUCAAAAUGGAGGACCUGGAUUUAGAGGAUGGCAUACACAUGAUCCUACUGUUUUAUUUGGUGCCAUUGGUAUUCCUUCAGAAUUCAUGCAUGCUGGAGAUUUACCACGUCUUAUAAAUGCCAGAAGUCAUGGGACUGGUAAUAGAGUAUCAUUAGCAAUGGAUAUGAUACGUAAAAGCAAUGAAAUAUUAAAUAGACUAGAAAAUCCACAAUCCACUGGACAAUCUUCUACAACAGAUGCAGAACAAUUUCCAGAAAGGACUCAAGCCGAAGAUACAUCAGUAAAUUUACCACCAGAAGCAUCUGCUUCAGAAUCAUCUGCUCCAGAAUCAUCUACCCCUGAGACAUCUGUGCCUGAAUCAUCUGCAUCAGAAUCAUCUGCACCCAUACAACAAUCUGAUCCAGAUUCAAUGAAUGUGAGUUAUGAAGUAGAUGAAACUUUUCCAAAUACUGUUGUUGUUACAAUUGAUGCUACUCAUCACAUGAGAAUGCCUCCUGGAUUAAUACGUCAUAUGCACAAUCACUUACAAGCAAAUACUUCACAGCCAACUUCUCAAAAUUCAACUGAACAAACUGCUGAAAGUGAGACUACGACUAUUCCUGAAACUACUCCAAUAGGAUCAACUAACCAAUCUCCAGGUUAUCAAGCAACAACUGGAACAUUACCAUCUUUUAUAACUUCCGACCAAAAUUUAAGGAAUGAUCGUCCAACUUCAGAAAAUAGGACUUCCACAGCUAUUAAUGAUAGGCGGCGUUUGAGAGAAUUGAUUGAUCAACUAAAUAAAUUAAAUGCUAGACUUCAACCAUUUUAUGCUAUAUAUUGCCAAUUUAUUAACGAAGAUCCUCAAUUUGCAACUACAGAAGGUGAAAAUGGAUCACAUCGAGCACAAACUGUGUUUAAUAAUGUGUCUAAAGUGAUGCAUUACAUAUCACAUGUUUAUCAUGCAAUUAGUGAUUUAAGAGUAUCAUUUAGCAGACCACCACCGCGUUCCUUCCAAUCUCGCCCUUGUUUGUUACAAGGUACUAUUUUACAUACUGCUCAUUCAGUUACUACUACUAAUACAGCACCACCACCUUCUACUCAACAACCUACUUCUACGCAAACAACUUCUACAAGUCAAUCUAUUCCUAGUAUACGGGCCUUUAGGCUUGAUUUUAUGAACCCUGAUGGAACACCAAAUGAAACUCCUAAUGUAACCACUUCAGUUGCCAGUACUGAAACAAAUACUAACAUAACAGUGGAUCCAAAUACUGAAAUUAAUAAUACAUCUACUGAGUUUCCACCAGAAACACCUCAUGGAGUAGAACUUAUGUUUGACCUUGCACCUGGAUCUAUUCGUAUUGAUUCUGUUGAAGCUGCAUUUGUUACUCCAAAUGUUUCAGGAUCAAGCCAACCUACAUCUGUUUCUCAACCAUCAAGUAGUGGUGAAACAUCAAAUAAUUUGCCUAUGCCUAUUGAUUGGAUGGAUCAGAUGAUAGAUGUUAUUUCUAGCGGAGUGCGUCGUCCUUUCAUGUCUGACCAUUUGGACUGGAAUAGUAUACCAACCACUUCCACUAGAACUCCUCGUGUAACUCCAAGAACAACUGAUUCUUCAUCUACUACAAAUCCUCCACCACAAGGUCUUAACCGUGGACAAUGGGAUACUAGUCCUCGCAUGGAUCCAUUUUUGCCUUGCAGUUCACACCAUUUUGAAUCAAAUUUAAGACCUAUGGUAUUAGCUAGGCGUUCUAAUCAAGGAACAGACAGAUCGUCAACUUCUGUCAAUAAUAGCAACUCAACUACAGACACUUCAUCUCCAACAUCUCCCAAUGAAGUAAGACAUAUUUCAUCUGGAAGACGACUUGGUCGACCAAGAAAUCGUUAUGUACAAGAUUCAGAUGGAAUUUUGUCUGGUAUACAUCCAAUUUUGGCUUGGGGAAGAAACCUUCGUAACAAUAUAGCUACAACUUCUGGAACCUUAAAUAGUCAAGUUGCUGGACAAAAUCUAGGUUCAUCAGAUUCUCUGGCUGGACAAAUAAGAGUUGGUAUGGACAAUGCUUUUGACACAUUUGAAAGAGAAGAAGAUUUUGAUAGACCAACCGGAUUAAUAACUAUGCCCCCUCUUGGUGGUAUCCAACGAAUGAAUUUAGAAUCUGUAUCAAUUCCAAUUCGUCGAUCAAACACACGCCAACCAAAUGAAUUGCUUAUACCUGUUGGUGAUAUACCAUAUUUUAGAGAUUUACAAGGGCGAUAUGUUUUGAUGGACUUAUUUAUGUUGAUCACUCGUAACUGGACCUUAUAUGACAUGUUAAAUUUGAAUUCUGUUGAUGAUGAUUCUUCUAUAUAUUUAAAUCCAGCUUCUAGGCAUAACGAAGCAUUAUUCAAUUUCAUAAUAGAUCGAGUGAUGCUUAAUCAAGAAUCUAUGCCAAGUAAUAUUGAUAGAGCUGGAAAUCGCAUAUUUAGAGAGAUGAUACCCUAUUUAGAAAUAUUUCAAUGUUCUGUGCCAACUCGUGCGAAUAUUAAUGUGGUUGAAUCUUUUCGAAGGUGUAUUGUUACAAAUUUACAUUCGAUUGUCCACUAUUGUGAUCAAAUUCGUUCAGGAGCAACAAAUGAUCUUUUAUCUCAUUUGAUCAUGUUUGGGGAAAGACUUUUAUCAUUGAUAGUUUAUUGCUGUAACAGCCGUGCUGUAUUUCGACUAAGUGUUAUGGCAUUAAUGCAAUUCAUGCCACUUCCUGCAAAUUUACACAGGUUUUUAGUACAUGAAGUUCGUGCCAAUAUUGAUCAAUAUUGGGACAUUAUGGCCUCUUUUCCUAUGAUGAGCCUAUCUAUUAUCGAUUAUAUUGUACCAUCUAAUACUCAGUUUGAAGGUGGAAGUACAUCAAGUGUGAUUGAUGUAGAAAGUUCUUCUAAUUCAACUCUAUCCUCAUCUGAAACUUCCAAUGAACCUUUACCUGAAGUUGUAAUCGAAUCUCAAGAAUGGCACACCAGUGUUCCUUCAGAAUGGGUACCAGUGAUUGCUAGAGAUUCACAACGUCAAAGACGUCAAGGAACACAACCUCCCUAUAGUGAUGCAUAUUUAUCUGGUAUGCCAAAUAAACGCAGGAAAAUAGUAACCAGUUCUAAACCUCAAGGACCUUUAUCUCAAAUCAUAGCUAAAAAUUUGGAAGUGGCCAUGGGAGCAGCUGGGGUAGCUGUCAAUAAAGAAGUGACGACAAGUGUUGGAGCUGACACGGGUGUACAAAAUGCCUAUACUGAACGCAUUAGAAAAUUUGGUAGAUCUGGAAUUGAGACACAUCCAGAUUUUUGUCCUGAUCGUUAUCCUAAUGCUUCAAAAUUUUUUUACGAUCAUAAUCAUCCAAAUUAACAAAUUCAUGCUAACUCAACAACCUCAACAAAAUUUUGGUUUUAUUUUCGUUUUAUUUAAAACCCUAAUAGACUGACAUGAGAAAAACAAGAAAAUCCGAUGUUAUUAUUUUUAUUAUGUAUUGAAUUUACUCAUUCUCUAAUUAUGCAUGAACAAAAUUUAUACUUUAUAUAGUAAUAAUUGAAUAAAUACCCUUUUAAAUUAUAUUGUGGAAGGUGUUGGCGAUUAAUUUAACAACAUUCUUGGAUAUUUAUAACGCUUUUUAAAAUUCUGUACAUAUACAUUAUAUUUUAUGUAUUUAUUAUAAAGUUCAAUAUUACUAUUUGUUUGACUUAUCGUCAAUUUAAUUAUUUCUUUAGAUCAUUUA